AUGUUCCGCCCCACAAUUCACGCCCUCCGCGUCGUCCCCCGCCUCUCCACUCGGGGACUGAGCACAUCCGCAGUACGCGCUGCCGAGGACCGGCCUGGACCAGCACUUAGCCAGACUAACCGCGCCGAGCACACCCUUCGCCGGUUCUGGAAACACGCGCAUGUCAAGGAGGAGCCUGAGGGCUUCCACGUCACCCUCGACAAGCGCGCGCUCAAGUCGCCCGCCGGCACCAAGCUCAUCUUCCCCAAGGACAAGCGGUUGCUUGCGACCCUCAUCGCAAACGAGUGGGAGAACCAGGACAAGGUAUUGAAGCAGCAUGCGCUGCCGCUUACAUCCCUCGCGUCCCGCGCGGUCGACGGCUUUGGUGCGCCGGGGUCGCCAACGCGCGAGGGGGUCAUUGACGCAUUGAUGGAGUACCUCGACACGGAUACGAUCGCCUUCCCUGGCGACGCGCCCGCCGCCCUCGUCCGCCUCCAGAAGGAGCACUGGGACCCCCUCAUCCAGUGGCUCAAGGACAAGUACGGCGUGACGCUCGGCCAGACGACUGGCUUCGGUCUCCCCAAGCACUCGGAGGGUGCGGCCGAGAAACUCCGCAAGGUCCUGGAGGGCAUGGACUCGUGGCAGCUGGCUGCGUUUGAGCGCACAGUCUACGCGACCAAGAGCUUUGUCGUCGCGCUUGCGUUCGUCGAGGGGCGUAUCUCUGCGCAUGAGGCUGCCUUGGCUGCGCAGGUUGAGGUGGCUGCGCAGAUUGAGCAGUGGGGCGAGGUUGAGGACACGCACGACGUCGAUUACCAGGACAUCCGGCGGAGCCUCGGAACAGUCGCGGCGCUGCUCGCAAAGGUGUAG